AUGCCGGUCGUCAAGGGCGGAGUGUGGACCAACAUCGAGGACGAGAUCCUCAAGGCCGCCGUCUCCAAAUAUGGCCUCAACCAGUGGGCGCGCGUCUCGUCGCUGCUCGCGCGCAAAACGCCCAAGCAAUGCAAGGCGCGGUGGACUGAAUGGUUGGACCCAGGCAUCCGCAAGAUCGAAUGGAGUCGUGAAGAGGACGAGAAGCUACUGCAUCUGGCCAAGCUGAUGCCCACGCAAUGGCGCACCAUCGCCCCUAUCGUCGGCCGGACCGCUACACAAUGUCUCGAGCGCUAUCAGAAACUCUUGGACGAGGCCGAGGCGAGGGAAAACUCCGAGUUUGGCCUGGCUGGACCCGACGGCGGCGAAACACAAGCACCUUCAGCAGAUGAUGUGCGCAGACUGCGGCCAGGAGAGCUGGACCCAGAUCCUGAAAGCAAGCCUGCCCGACCUGAUACCAUCGACAUGGAUGAGGAUGAAAAAGAGAUGCUGUCCGAGGCAAGAGCGCGUCUGGCAAAUACACAAGGAAAGAAGGCGAAGCGGAAGGCGAGGGAGAGACAGCUUGAGGAGAGCAGACGGCUGGCUGUUUUACAAAAGCGAAGAGAAUUGAAGAGCGCUGGCAUCAACAUCAAGGUCACGACCAGGAAGAAGGGACAGAUGGACUACAAUGCAGACAUUCCUUUCGAAAAAGCACCUGCGCCUGGGUUCUUUGACACCCAAGACGAGCAAGCCCAGAAUGAGCAUGAGCGGGAGCUGUUCGACCCACGAAAGCAGCAGCUAGCCAACAAGCGGAAAGGAGACGCCCAAGAGCAAGAUGGUCAAGAGAGCAAACGCAGGAAGAAUGACAAGGACAGUGGUUCUUCUGCUUUCGCGGCAGCUGCUAAAGCCGGCCAAAUGCAACGCAUUCGUGAGGCAGAGCAGAGCAGCAAGAGAAGAGGUCUGGUCUUGCCAGCACCCCAGGUCAGCGAGGGCGAACUCGAAGAUAUCGUCAAGAUGGGCAUGUCUGGCGAGCGUGCACAUCUGCAGGCUGAAGCUAGCGACAGCGACACCACUCGAGGUCUGCUUAGCAAGUAUGACAGCACUGUCGGCGCCACCCCUAUUCGCACUCCUCGUGCACCACAAGAAGAAGACCGCAUUGCCAAUGAGCUUCGUAACGCCAGGGCCAGGACGGAGACCCAGUCAGUGCUGUUCGGUGGUGACAAUACGCCUUUGGCGGAAGGAGGUGCCACCACUGGAUACGGCGGUGUUGCCCCGUCAAAACAAGCGAUGUCGACACCCAAUCCAAUGGCCACACCUUUCCGACAGCAGAACGGCACGACCAAUGGGGUGGGCGCAACGCCGAUGCGAGCACCUCGAGACAGUUUUCGUCUCAAUCAAGAAGAUGGCUCCAUGCAAUUGGUCGGUCAGACCCCUAGUGACGUUCGUUUGCAGGAGCAGGCAGCUCGUAGUGGUCUUCGCGGCAAGCUUGCAAGUCUACCCAAACCUCAGCAGACAGAAUGGGAGCUGGAGGCGAUGCCAGAAGAGAGAGCGGAGCAGGCCAUUGCGCAAGAGCUUUCCCAAGAAGAUGCCGCUGAGCGUGACCGACGGAAUGCCGAACUUGCGAGGGCUGCAGCGUUGGCAGAUUUCAGACGCCAGACCAAAGUCGUGCAGAAGGGUCUCCCACGGUCUAGCGUCAUUGACAUUGAAGCGAUGCUGAAGAAUGCGAAAGAACAACACGAUUCAAUCGAGAAGCAGGUUGCCGAGGAAGCUGCCUUGCUUAUGGCAAACGAUGCACAGAAGCUUGGAGGUGCCAAGGUGAAGGGGUAUGGGAGGGCGCCUCAAACUUUCGAAGACGAGGCAUUACAGAGAGCGCAGAUGGAAGUCAUUCUUGACAUGGGCCAGGAUGCUGAUCGUGCUCAGUUUGGCAAAGCUUUCGAACAGGAAUGGGAACGCGCACAUGCUGAUUCCAUCCUUCCUGGACUUGCUGGAUAUGGCGAAGACGAGCUGGAUGAAGAGCAGUUGCUGACCGAGGCCUUUGACAACAUUCAGGAGUCAAUCACCAAAACCUCAGACAAAGGGACCUCGAUGGAAAAGAAGCUUGCCAAACACCAUGGUGGAUACAUGGAUCGGCAGAGAAAGCUACGAGCGAAGAUUGUUGAGGCGAGUGAAGCCUUGGCUAAUACGAGGUUGGAUGUUGAGGUCAGUCGGCAGGCACAAGUCGCUGAGGAGGCCGGCAUUCAAGGCAGGCUGGAGAAGUUGCGAGAGGAGGUUGCACUAGUUAGUAGGAGGGAGAGGGAGGCUCAAGAUGUUUAUCGUGCUAGGAAGGAGGAACUGGAAGGUAUGAUUGUGGCAUGA